CAAGCAAUUCGAUGCAUAUGUAUUGAAUCAGAUGUUCUUCGUACUUGGAUUAUUCAAAAAAUGGAGGGGUAUUAUAAUUUCUCUUUUCUUCUUUAAUUUCUUUUUCUUUUAAUGUAGAAGGGAAUCUCAUGUCGAUACAUUUCCUUUUAUUAGUUUUUGAAAUUAAUGUGAUCGUUUGAUGAAAAUCAAUGGGAGUUUAGGAUAAUGGGUACUUGUUUUCAGGUGUUUUGAUUGGAACCAAUGGAAUUAGAGGCUUUUUCUAGUUAUUUGAUGCAUGUUGAUUGAUUUUGACUUUUUUCAGGUUUUGAUUACUUGAAGACACGGGAGUUCUAUAUAGUUUUUCUGUUAUUAAAAGGAAAUCUAAUGUGGGUACUUCUGCUUUUGUCUGUUUUUGAAGUUUUUGUGAUUAUGCGAUGAGAAUAAAUGAGACAUUAGGAUGAUGGGUACUUGUUUUAAGGUGUUUUUUGGAUAAAAACCCAAUGAAUUUUUUUCCCUUCUGUUUUUGAAUUAUUUGCUGCAUAUUGAGUGAUUUUGAUAUUCUUUUGAAUUUUGAAUACUUAAAGGUACUUUCUAAAUCUUCUGUUAUAUAUAAGGAAAUCUCAUGUGGGUACUUUUAUCUGUUUUUGAAGUGUUCCUGAUUGUUUGAUGAAAAUCUAUGGGAGUUUAGUGUGAUGGGUACUUGUUUUCAGGGAUUUUUGUGUUGAAAGAUAUGGAAUUUGGGGUGUUUCAAGUUAUUUGAUGCAUAUUGAUUGAUUUUGACAUUGUUUGGAUUUUCAAUUAUUGCAAAAAGAAACAAAAGAAGUUUCUACAUUUUUUUUUGGUUGAUACGUUGUUAUUUCUAACAAGUUUCUUGAAUGAUACCAAUAAAAGAUUUGGGGGAUGGCUGUUGGCGUUUAGGUGUUUGGUUUAAGAAAACGAUGGAAUUUGGGAUGUUUUGAGGCCAGUGGAUGGAUAUUAAGUGAUUUUGAUGUUUAGGUUUUGAUAAGUUCAAAGAGUAGUGUUUGGUUAAUUUUCUAGCAAUUUUUGGGAAGAUAGUGAUUGAUGAUAUGAUGUUUUUAGUGUCAAUGGUGGCAACUUGUUCGAUGUAUAUUGAGAGGUUUUGGAGUUCUUUGUACUGUGAUUAGUAAAAAGUAGAAAAAAAAUGACUAUUCUACUUAUAUUGGUUGAUGGGUUUCUAGUCAAGAUUCAGUUUUGUUAAUAGGUUUUGAUGCUCUUUGGAUUCCAAUUAGCAAAAUCACCAAUUGAAUAUUCUACUUAUUUUGGCCUUUUUCUUUUUCUUCUUUGCCAGAAUCAAUCAAAGAUUCAGCUUGUGGGUGUUGAGAUUGGCCUCUCAGCUUAGAAAUAUCAUCAACUGAAGUGGCAUUUUGUAGAGCUUGGAUUUUUGAAGCAGUUGAUGCAUAUGUUCUCUUGUGUGACUGAAUCUGGGGGAAAUUCCUUGAUGGGUUCGGUUUUUAGGCAUUGGGGUUUCUACAAAAAUGAAUUUGAUGGUUUUAAGGAUUUCUGUUGUCCAAACAACAGAUAUGUAUGCUGUUUGAAAAACGGACACACAGUACAAAAUUGGAAUUGGAAUCUAUGCUGUUAAAUCGAUUUGUUUAUAGUGUGUGGGAUAAAAUCAAGUUAAUGAGGGUCUGAAGUUCCAAUAAUCGGAAUCCUUUUGAAAUAAGGAGUGGCAGGAAAAAAAUUUCAAAUCAGAUCAAUUCGUAUUAAUCAAAACUUCUUUUGGGCUACAAAUGUCUUUCCCUGUUGAUGCUAGACUAGAUGCAUCAGUGAGACCUCCAUUUCAGGGAUUCGGCUUUACAAACCUGAAGAAGAGAGGCCACGGAAGUCGGUCAUGGAUACAGAUUGAUCGGAAUGGGAAUUCGCAUAUCCUAGCGCUUGACAAGGCCACUCUAAUGAGGCGUUGCAAUCUGCCUGCGAGAGAUCUUCGGCUUUUAGACCCUUUGUUUGUGUAUCCUUCUGCGAUAUUGGGACGGGAGAAGGCAAUCGUUGUCAAUCUUGAACAAAUCAGAUGCAUAAUUAUGGCGGAUGAGGUUAUCCUUAUGAACUCUCUGGACAGCUAUGUUGUGCAGUACGAAUCGGAACUGUGCAGGCGGCUUCGGACACAAAAAGAUCAAAGUGGAUUUAACAAUUCAAGUUCGGAUGACUUGGCUUUUGAGUUUAGGGCACUGGAGCUGGCUUUGGAGCUAACAUGCAUGUCUCUUGAUGCUCAGCAGGUUACAGAACUCGAAAUUCAGGUUUAUCCAGUGCUAGAUGAACUAGCACUGUCGAUCAGCACUCUAAAUCUUGAACGUGCACGGAAGCAGAAGAGCCAUCUCCUUGCCUUGACUCGUAGAGUUCAAAAGGUCCGUGACGAAAUAGAACAGCUAAUGAAUGAUGAUGGGGACAUGGCUGAAAUGUAUCUGACGGAGAAGAAGGGGAGAAUGGAGGCCUAUCCAUCGGCUGUUCCGUAUUUCCUGACUAACAUUCCUGCUGGGCCAGCUGUGUCGAAAUCUGCAACAGUUGCACCAGUCAGUUAUAUCGGCAGAUCUCAUAAGCUUGAUAAAACGAUGAGUAGUGAUACUGGUUCAAGCAAAUGUGGAUCGUCCAGCAAUGGUGGUGAUCGCAUUGAAGAACUGGAGAUGUUGCUCGAGGCCUAUUUCGUGGCCAUUGACAACACUUUCAGCAAAUUACUAUCACUCAAAGAAUACAUAGACAAUACUGAAGACUUCAUCAACAUUAAACUGGACAAUGUCCAAAACCAGCUGAUCCAAUUCGAGUUGCUUCUCACGGCGGCUACAUUCGUCGCUACGGUUUUUGCAGUUGCAUCGGGCGUCUUCGGGAUGAACUUUACGCCCCUAUUUUUCAAGUAUCCAGACAACUUCAAUUCGGUCCUUAUUGUAACCAGCAUCUCUUGUGUGGUAAUAUAUGCAUCUUUUAUUUUAUAUUUUAAGUAUAAGAGAUUACUGCCUUUGUAAAUAUAUAGAUGAUUUUUAAGGCCGACGGGCCGCAUUCCACUCGGGUUUUCAUUUUGUACAAGUGAGGCCCAUGAUUCAGUGAUCUAGACCGUUGGCCUGUUGGUACCCGACAUGGAUGGACGGUGCCCUAAAAAUCUCCUCAAUCAGAGAAUCCUAGCCUUCCAAUUCUAUUGCCUGCAAAUAUAUUGUUAGUAGUCCACAUUCAACUAAUUAAAAGAACUGAGGAUUUUCCAGUCUUGGAGAUUUUUGGGUCAUGGUUUUUUCAUGGUGGGUCACAUCCGACUGCAUUUUGGGUCGCUGAAACGUGGGCCCCACCUGUACGAAACUAAAAACCUUUAGUAUCCAUGUAUGUUCAUGAACAAAUUUACUAGAAAGAUUACUUGUAUGUUGAUUGUAAUUUCAAAUAUUUUUUCAUUCCUUGGUAUAA